AUGGGCAGGAAGGAUUUUUGCGCCAUGACCAUGGUGGCGAUGGCGUCGCUGCUGGUAGCGUCAUGCGACAUGGAAGUGAACCUCGCAAGCGUGAAGACAGCGAACAAUCUGCAUGUCAUGGUUGAUUGUCUGAACAGAAUCAGGUCCUAUAGAACGCCGACUCAGCGAACAGGAGGGGCGGAGGGUUGCAGCUGCGACGGCAGUCGAGGGGUGCAAUGUGAGAGAGUCAAGUUGCAGGGAGGGAGGAAGGUGGAUCAAGCUAAAGAGAUCUCGAUUAUUGGUUGCUGCAAAGACUGUCAACGGGGGGAGGCAGCUGAAGGUCAUCCGGAACGAGGGGCACGGUUGCUAACGCUGCGAGGGGGCGAGCAGGAGAGAGGAAAGAAGUCAAGUGCUGCAAUUGCAUCCGCUCGAUCGAUAAGGAAUGUACUGUCCAUGCAAAUCAAUGCCGACGAAGGAACUUGGGGGAAAAGAUUCGGAGAAGCAGCUUUCAGUUCACUUGCAACAGACAAGCAGUCGGCGCGACGGCAACGUGCUCUCUCUCCUCCAUCCUUGGAGGGCUCGUUCCCGGUGGAAGGACUGCAAGGCAACAGGGCACUAGCAAGUCGAGCAGCUAAGGGGAGUACUCGUUUGUAUUCGCUCAGGGGCGUCAAGAACGAUCCUGGGAAACCUGAGGAGGACGGGGCGACCAUGCGAGCGAUGCCCACGUCCUCCUUCAAGAGAGCGGUCGAAUGCGACGGAAGAGGAAUGAAUGAUCUGCUGGAUGAGGUGGACAUCAUACUGAUGGAACUGCGAGGCUGCCGAGAUGCAUUUAAAAAGAGGCAGCUGCUGGCUACCUUGUUCGUGAAAGCUCCUGUCGGACAUAGAAAAGCAAUCGAGGCCGCGUGUGGGGCUCUGCUGGACAAACGAGAAUCAAUAUCUGUUCGGAAUGCUGCUUGUUUAGUCAUCUCGAAGCUCGGAUUGGUGGGAGAUCCGAAAGUGGUAACCGUGCUUGCACGCUCAGCCAAGAUGGAUGAGUGUUUUGAUAUUCGAAAGCAAUCAUUGAGAUGUCUUGCGACUAAGGCCAUCAAGAGCGAUCAAACUGCGAUCGAGAUUGCUUUUGAUAUUCUUCGCAAAAAGGUUUCAAGUCCUUCCAUGGUCAUUGCCUCUUACCGCCCCGGAUCGCAAACUGCGUGGAAGUUGCUUCUUUGCAGAGUUCUGGAUGACGCGGUUCUUGAUGUUCGGUUGGAAGCUGUCCGCGCUCUUACCAAAAUCGCCGAUGGAGACAUGCUGGCCGAUGGGGGAGCCCGAGAAACGGUAGUCCUUGCUGUCACACAGAAAUCGAAGCGUGCAAUUGAGCAUGUUCGCAGGAGGUAUUGA